AUGUUUAAUAAAUUAAAGAAUUCAUUUCCAUUUAGGUCUGGUCCAAACUUCCUUUUAUGCUUUCUAGGAUUUUCUGGUGUGGGUUAUUUUGGUACAAGUUACUUGCAUAAACAGAAAUACGAUCAUCCGAUUGUGUAGGAAGCAUUGAGAAUACUGCAACAUAAUGAUUAGAUAGUCCAAUUGGCAGGAUAUCCAUUAUCACUUUAGAUAAAUAUGGGUAGCAAUGCAACACAAAACAAUGAUGUGUGUUAAUUUUCAUUUCAGGUUGUUGGUCCUAAAGGUGCUGCAAAAGUGGAGUUAAUGGGACAAUCAAGGGAAUUACAGGAAAUACAAAACAAGACAUAAUAUUAUAUUCCAUCCUCAAAAUAAAUGACAGAUGUAAUGAAGUAUAAUAAAGAUGUGGAAGCAUUGUAAAAUUGGAAACUGACUCCAGAUGUGAGAUUAUGGAAGAUUGACCAUCUGGUUGCUGACAUUGGAUUGCAAGGGGAUUUCAGAAUAGUUCUGGUUGAUUCAAAUCAAGUGUUGAAAAAGGAUGUGGCUUAGGCAAUGACUCCGCCUCUAGUUACUGAUCGUAGAACUCUCUAUGAUCUAAAGUUGGAAAUAGAUGCUCGCAAACCAAAAGUGCCUACUACUGAAUAAGAAAUAGAAGAGGCUAGAAGAUAUAGACAAUAAGAGUUGUAUAGGAAAGUGGGUGGGGUUAGAAAUAUCACUAUUAUUAGCACCAUCAUUGGAGCUAUGGCCAUUUACAAUUAUGUGAAGGCAAAUAGAGUAUGAUAUAUUUAUAUUGGUUAGCGAUUGAGUGUGUUGAACACUCAAAUUCAUAGACAAUCAUUAAUUAUUAUACAGACUAAUCCUUAAAUCAAGAAGUUGUUUGGUCAGAAUAUUCAAUUCAAUCAACAAUUGAGAGGGGGACAGAUAAGGGACUUGGCUGAGUUUGAGACUGACAUGUAUGGGUAGAAGGCAGGGGUUUGUUAUGUCAAGGGGAAGAAGAAUAAAAAAACUAAUGAUUGGGAAAUUGAAAGUAUCGAUGUUGCUAUCAAGGAUGCUUAAGGCAUUAUCAAUUAGAAAAUUAGAAUACUGGGGUGA